AUGCAUAAAAUUAAUAAACUAAAAUCCUCCAAAGUCGCUCUCCGUGUCCGUAUCAUCAAAUACUGCUCUGAAAUCUUCGCCAUCAACGCAGUCAUAUUCGUCAUCUUCCAGAUCUUUGAUCAUUCAUCUUCAUAUGGAAGGUACAAUCCAAUAACUGUAAGAGAAAUCAUGCUCCCACCAUCUGAAAUGAGCUUAUGUAUACCACCUGUAACACAGUCAUCCGUGGUUGAACAAAUUAAAGGAGUGGCCAUACAGGGUUAUUCAGUUUUUUCUACUAUUCUCGAACGGGUAACUACACUUUCUUCAGAAAGCAAUCUCCGUUGGCAGCCUCUGAUUUUGGAAAUUAGUGAGCAUCAGAAUUCUCAGCGCGCAAAGUUCAGGGAGCAAAUAGAAAGUAUUCAGCUACAAUUAACAUCACCCACCCUGGAGGCAAGAAGGCUGCACCCUCCUACUCCUAAUACAGUCCAAGAGGUAACCACAGCAAUGAUGGAAAUUAAAGACAAGAUUGUCACCGCUAAGAUAUUGAUAGCACAAGUUGUCUCUGACUGGAAUUUAAAGGUUCAGGAUUUAGUGCAGCUUCGUAAGAAAGAAGAAAGACUUGAGAAAGCCAAAGUUAUGGCAGCAUCUGGAAGUGGGGGAAAUCCCCUCCCUCGUCAGUCCACGAGUGGUUCUAUAUCUACAUCCUCUGUAGCUUCAGCUCUUGCUAAUAACUCAACUGGAGAAAUGUGCAGUGCCACAUCUCAGAAACAAGGAGGUGACACUGCUUCUGUGGCAUCAUCUGCAAUAACAGGUGUUUCUACAGAUUCAUUGAGCUUGUCAGCAUCUUUCAGUGAUAUACCAGGCCAAGAGAAUCAAAAGAAUAAUGGAAGUGAGCCUCUUGAUGAUGAAGGGGAAAAGGGGUACUCUGCAAAUGAGGAUUCAGCUGGGAAAUCUGCAUUGGAUUCUCAAGAUCAGCAGAAGCAGAAUGAAGAAACCAAAGAAAUCACUUAUAAUAAUGUUAUCAAAGAAAAUAUGAUUCCAGUUGGAAAGAUUAAUUUGGUUCAGUGA